GCGGGCAGCGCAUGCGCCAAGAUGGCGGCGCGCAGAGUGCAGUUGCAGUCGGUUGCUGGGGGCCGCCAUGCUUGCAGCGGCCGCGCGCGCGCAGCUGGCGGGCGGAUGUUGACGCCGUGAGGGAGCGAUGGCGGCGGCGGCAACGGCGGUGGGGCCCGGGCCCGGCGAGCGGCAGCGGCGGGUGCAGGCGCUGAGCGCGGCGCUGCGCUGCCGCCUCGGGCCCUACGAGCCACUGCUGGGCGCCCUGCAGGCCGCGCUGGUGUGGGAGCGGCCGGGCCGCAGCGCGCUGUGCUGGGUGGCGGUGCACGGCCUGUUCUGGUUCUUUGCUCUGACUUCCCUUCGUUUGCUGUUCCUGAUUGCUUUAACCCUCAUAGUAGUAGUGUGUCUAGACCAGUGGAAGCACAAAAUCUGGCCAGAAAUUGGUGUGGCAAGACCUGAUGAAUUAGACAAUGAGAGCUGGGGAUACGUCCACCCUCGGCUGCUCGGACUGCCAGAGCUCUGUCAUCAUUUGGCUGAAGGAUGGGUGACUGGGACCAACUUCUUAAGUAAUCUCUUCGUUUUCAAGAGGCAAAGUCCUGGCAAGUUUUGCCUUCUAGUGUGUGGAGUGUUCACUUUCCUGGCUGUCCUGGGCCAGUACAUCCCUGGGCUCUUGCUCUCAUACUCGCUGUUGCUCCUGGUCCUGCUGUGGCCCCUGGCCGUGUACCACAGGCUGGGCCAGCGCAUGUACCACAGGCUGGAGCCCGUGCUGCAGCGGCUGGACUUCAGCGUCCGGGGAUACGUGACAGCCAGGCAGCGCCAGAGGCAGCUGCGUGGCCGGGCCCUUGGUCAGGAAGCCACGGAUGAUGGGAGUGACAGCGAAGAGGAGCUGGCUGCAUUCUGCCCCAAGCUGGAUGACUCCGUGGUUGCCAAGGAACUGACCAUCUCCGACUCUGAGCAUUCAGAUGCUGAGGUUUCCUAUACUGAAAAUGGGAUGUUUAACCUUUCAAGGGGCCAGACACCCCUGACAGAGGGAUCAGAAGACCUGGAUGGUCACAGUGACCCAGAAGAAUCUUUUGCCAGGGAUCUCCCUGACUUCCCUUCCAUAAACCCAGAAGCAACUGGCAUAGAUGAUGAAGAUGACACCAGCAUUGGGAUCCCGAGCCUGGCGUACCGCCCACAAGGGACAGAGGAUCUGCAGCUCCCACAUGAGCAGGAGGAAUUUGGCACACUGCCAUCGGUGCAGAAUCUCACCAACAACAUCGCUGGCUUUGUCACCAGGGGCAUGAUCCAGCUGGCACUGUCAGGAGGCUCUCAGUCAGGCUCCUCACGCAGCACCAAUCCCCAGAGAGGGGCAAAGACUCACCUCAGAGCAGCCAGUUUGGACUUGGACACUGACGCUGAAGGGGAUGACUUUGAACUGCUGGAUCAGUCCGAGCUGAACCAGCUGGAUCCCACUGGCUCCCGGGGCCAGUAAACCACCCUGUCACUUCCCUGGUUUUCUAUUGCGCAUCAUGGAGUGAAUCCUAGAAGGAAAAGCUUUGCACAGUUCUCUCAGUCGUCUCCUGUGGGUCUGGGUGAUGUGACAGCCAGUCCUGGCUGGGUACACCACUGUGACUUGUGACUCGUAGCCUCGCUUGGAUCUUAAAAUAAAGAACACUGGCAAUCUGUAGGGAAGAGACGUUGAUGGGAUAGCUCCACAAUCACUCUGCACUGUCUGACAUGAUGCUGCCUGCUCCAAACUUUCUCUAAGACAAUAAAUCUGGUGUUUGCAGCUCUCAAGUCCAGUGGGACUGACAGCAUCGCCAGGAACAAUUGUGCACUGAGUUCUGGCACUGGUGUGUAACCAGGGGAACAGGACAGAGCCCCUCAGACAUCGUGUCUGGGACUCAAUGCUGUUCUAUCUCAGACAGCUGUUCCCUGAUCCUAGUAUGUGCACAAAUCCAAGUCUUCUCUCCCAGCAAUAUUCAACUCCAGGUGGAACCAAGCCCCUUGCUCCACUGUGGAUGUUGUGCAGCCGCAAUGUUUUCCUUGCACUGGCUGCUCCCUCGGCUCCAGCUCCUCGUGAUGCUGUUUUGUAAGAGCUCAAUGGCAAUAAGACACCUGCUGUGACCAUCAGACCACCUACAAGAACAUCCACGUGUAGCCCCUGCUUUGUGUUGCUUUUCUGAACUAACAGCCUUUGUUAACAGCCAACUAACACUUUGCUAGAAACCCCUGUGCUGCUCCAGUGCAUUCCCGUGGGCAGGGCCGAGGCCGUGCAGUUUUCCUGGAGGAAGGAGGAGGUGGAGCAGGGCUGACAGGGCGGUGCUGUGUCCCCUGGGCCCUUGCUGCCUCCAGCCUUGUGCAGGCAGAGCCCAGCACUGGGACCGCACAGGGACAGCAGCCCAGACCAGCAGUGACUGAGGAGCUCGUGCCUGCCGCGGUCCUGUGAACAAACCAGCAGACCCCAGGGAGAGCCAGCCCCCCUCUGCCCACCGAGUGCCCCCGUUACUUUUCCUAAGCCAUAUAGACGCGGUUCUGAUCACAUUUGUGCAGCCAAGAACGUACCUCGUCAGGGACCC